GAGUGCUCGCCGCCGUUGCACGCGCCGGCGCGUGCGACUUCGUUUCUGGCGGGAGAUUUGAUCGGUAAUCAUCUCCUGACUCGCAUGUGGGUCCUCUACAACCUGUGCCCGGUAGUUUCAGGAUCUGUUAACGAAGCAGACUAUUGGUAAAGGACAUGAGUCAGCUGGUCUUUAUAUUUUGGAUACAUCAAUCACAAAAGGUAUCUCUUGUCUUGGGGUUGGGACUUUGUUAGAUGCUCAUUACCGAUUAGGACAUCCAUCUCUCCCAUUAAUGAAGCAAAUAAAUCCCCAAUUUAAUACGAUGACCUCUUUACAAUGUGAGUCAUGUCAAUUUGCGAAACACCAUCGUACUAGCUUAAGCCCUCGAGUUAAUAAACGAGCAAAUGCUCCAUUUGACCUUGUUCACUCUGAUGUUUGGGGUGCUUGCCCGGUUGUGUCUAAAGCUGGUUUUAAAUAUUUUGUUACCUUUGUUGAUGACUAUUCUCGUAUGACAUGGUUGUAUUUCAUGAAACGUCGAUCUGAGUUGUUCACUCACUUUUCUUCCUUUUGUGCUGAAAUUAAAACUCAGUUUAACGUUCCUGUUAGGGUGUUAAGAGGAGACAAUGCUCAAGAAUAUCUAUCUGCUACAUUUAAGUCAUUUAUGCUUCAACAUGGCAUUAUUCAUCAAACUUCGUGCGUUGACACACCUCCUCAAAAUGGAGUUGCAGAACGAAAGAACCGACAUCUGUUAGAAACUGCAAGAGCUCUUCUAUUCCAAAUGAAUGUGCCUAAACAGUUUUGGGCAGAUGCCGUGUCUACUGCAUGUUUUUUGAUAAAUCGAAUGCCAUCUUCUGUUUUGAAUGGUAAAGCUCCUUAUCAUUGCCUAUUUCCAAACAAAGAGCUUUUUCCUAUCCCACCUAAAAUAUUUGGUUGCACUUGUUUUGUUAGAGAUGUUAAUCCUCAUCUUACAAAGUUAGAUCCCAAAUCAUUAAAAUGUAUUUUCUUGGGUUAUUCUCGAGUCCAAAAGGGGUAUAGAUGUUUUUGUCCGAGUACUGGUCGGUAUCUUGUUUCUAUUGAUGCAUCAUUUCAUGAAAAUACACCUUUUUCAUCAUCUAAGGCAGAUAUUCAUGAGAGUAAUGAUGAUAUACUCAUUUACACGAUGACUAUUCCCGAGUCCACACUUUCAACAAAUAUUCCACAAGUUACUGUUCCUGACCCUAGGCCUCCCGUACAUUUGGUAUACACCCGUCGACACAAAGCACCUGAUCACCCUCCACCGGCGAUACCUGUGAUUACUUAUCCUGAUACUAGUUCGACUCCGAUCUCAUGUCCUGAACCAGUACCUGCAUCUUCAGAUCUUGUGUCCACAUCAGAUCUUGACCUCCCAAUAGCACUACGUAAAGGUACGCGGUCUUGUACUCAUCCUAUUUCUUCAUUUGUGUCAUACAAUCAGUUAUCUCCUACUUCAUGUUCUUUUAUUGCUUCCAUUGAUUCUAUUUCCGUUCCCAAAUCUGUCAAAGAAGCUUUGUCUCAUCCUGAAUGGCGUCAUGCCAUGGUAGAGGAAAUGAAUGCUUUAGACCUUAAUGGUACUUGGGAUUUGGUUGACUUGCCUACAGGGAAGAAAUCUAUUGGAUGUAAGUGGGUCUUUGCUGUUAAGGUUAACCCAGACGGAUCUGUUGCUCGGUUGAAAGCCCGAUUAGUUGCGAAGGGUUAUGCUCAAACCUAUGGUGUUGAUUAUUCUGACACUUUUUCUCCUGUUGCUAAAUUAACAUCUGUCAGGUUACUUAUUUCACUCGCUGCCACUCAUGAUUGGCACUUACAUCAGUUGGACAUUAAAAAUGCAUUUUUGCAUGGUGACCUUAAAGAAGAAGUCUAUAUUGAGCAACCUCCGGGAUUUGUUGCUCAGGGGGAGUACGGUAAAGUUUGUCGACUUCGCAAAUCUCUUUAUGGUCUGAAACAGAGUCCUCGUGCAUGGUUUGGGAAAUUCAGUCAAUCAAUUGAACAAUUUGGAAUGAUAAAAGGCAAAUCAGAUCACUCUGUCUUUUACAAACAAACAAAAUCAGGUGUCACAUUGCUUGUGGUGUAUGUUGAUGAUAUUGUGAUUACAGGGAGUGAUAAUGCAGGUAUUUUGGCCCUUAAGAAUUUUCUGCAUAGUCAAUUCCAGACGAAAGAUCUUGGCUCUCUGAAAUACUUUCUGGGAAUUGAGGUAACACGAAGUAAGAAAGGCAUAUUUCUAUCUCAACGUAAAUAUGUACUUGACUUACUAGCUGAGACAGGGAAAUUAGGGGCAAAACCAAGUACAACACCCAUGGUUCCCAACGUGCAACUCACUCAAGAAGGCACACCGUUUGAAGACCCAGAAAGAUAUAGAAGACUGGUUGGAAAGCUUAAUUAUCUCGCAGUCACUCGUCCAGAUAUUGCCUAUUCUAUGCUGAUUGGGCCGGUUCUAAAGAUGAUCGAAGAUCUACAUCUGGUUAUUGUGUCUUUGUUGGUGGUAAUCUUGUAUCUUGGAAGAGUAAGAAGCAGAAUGUGGUUUCUCGUUCGAGUGCCGAAUCAGAAUAUCGAGCUAUGGCACAAUCUGCAUGUGAGAUCAUAUGGAUAAGCCAUUUAUUGACCGAGCUCGGACUGAAGACAUCAAUGCCUGCUAAAUUGUGGUGUGAUAACCAAGCUGCUAUACACAUAGCAAACAAUCCUGUAUUUCAUGAGAGAACAAAGCAUAUUGAGGUCGAUUGUCAUUUUAUUCGAGAGAAGAUACAAAAAGGAUUUAUCUCUACAGGAUAUGUGAAGACUGGGGAACAACUUGGAGAUUUGUUCACUAAAGCACUAAAUGGAAUUCGAGUUGGUUAUUUAUGUAACAAGUUGGGCAUGAUAAAUAUCUAUGCUCCAACUUGAGGGGGAGUGUGAAAGUAUAUUAGAAUAUACUUUAGAAUAUGCUUUAGAAUAUAUUAGGAAUAUACCAUAUAUAGUAUUAUUGUAUAGCAUCUUUUAUAGGCAUAUUCUACCUUUGUAAUCUAUAUUUAUAGGGCCUUACCCUUCAAUAAAAAAUACAGAAAAUCAUUCUCUA